GCAUAUCAUCAUUAUACAUGCUCAAAAGUCAUCAUCUAUUCCUAGAUUCAAGUGUUUUUUUUUCCUCACUUUCUAAAGAAAGAGGUUAAAAGUUGUAAUCGGGACAAAAAAAGUCCGUGUGAUUGCCUUUGAAAAGAAAAAUAGCAGUACACGUUUUGACAAGUCGCUCUCUUUUCGAAGCAGCGACAUAACCCUCUCCGUCUCUCUCCCCGCCAAACGGCGCCGUUUACUGCCUGAUUGAUCGGUCAGUUCCCUUCUCCUUCUUGUCAUGGACGACCUCUCUCUCAUGUCUCUCUAACCGUCUCUCUCUUCAUUUUGCCGGCAAACCAAGAACACCGUUUGGUUCAAUUCUCUUCACCCAUUUCCUUUCUCUCUAGUUGUCCAGUAGGCGAGAAUUGAGUAUUAUAGGGAAAUCAAUUCUAGGGUUUAAUCUCUCUCGCUCUCUUUCUCUCUGUCUCUCUCUCUGUGGGUUUUGUAGAGGGAAUCGGAGGGAUGCGAGUGUUUGGGAUCACGGAAAUCAGAAGGAUUCGUCAACAGCUAUGUUACGGCGGCUGAGAUGGAUCAUAGGUUUAAACAAUAACAACAAUAGUCAGAGAAGUUCGGUUAAUUCGAAGAGGCUGACUAAUGCAAAGACUUUGCUUUUGUCACCCCCACAAUCUGUCAAGCGAAGUAGCCCAAUGUUGGAGGCAGUACACGAGAUUGCUAUUUACAUUCACAGGUUUCACAAUCUUGACCUUUUCCAACAAGGAUGGUAUCAGAUCAAGAUUACAAUGAGAUGGGAAGAUGGUGAUUAUACAACCAUGGGAACUCCAUCAAGAGUUGUUCAAUAUGAAGCUCCUGAUUUGGGGUCAGAUGAUAUAUACGGGGUCUGGAGAAUUGAUGACACAGACCACAGUUUUUCAACGCAGCCUUUUCGGAUCAGAUAUGCAAGGCAGGAUGUUCUUUUAUGCAUCAUGAUUUCAUUCAACCUUUCUCUCAGUAAAUAUGAGGGUACAUCCACUUCUGCUGUGAUUUUGAAAUUUGAGCUUAUGUAUGCGCCUGUAUUGGAGAGUGGGUUUGAAUUGCAGGAUUCUCUCGAUGCAUGCCCUGCUGCAGUCCAUGAAUUUCGAAUUCCUCCUAAAGCUCUUCUGGGAUUGCACUCAUAUUGCCCUGUCCAUUUUGAUGCUUUCCAUGCCGUUCUUGUUGACAUAAGUUUACACAUCAGUCUAUUAAAAAGUGGUGUUGACACUGCCCCGUCGAAGGUACCCAGUGUCUCCACUGAUCGAGAUGUUGCUGGUGAAAAUUCUGAUAAGUCGAAGCAGGUCAGGCUUAUUAAAGCUUUAUUAACUGCUCGUGACAUACUUAUGGAAGAGCUCCAAAAACUUAGCAAAGCAAUUAAUCAAACAAUUGAUUUAAAUGAUUUUACUUCAAACCUGGACGAUACAAAGUUCUCUGGUUAUCGCCUGCAAACGAAUGUGGAGAAUGCAGAUGCUGGAGGUUUUGGACAGAAGCCAAAUGGUAUUAUUGAUGUUCAAAGCAAUGGGUCUCUCCAUUCCUCAUCUGCGGAUGAACUAUUGAAUUCUUUCCACUCACUUGGAAAUCAAAUAUUGUAUUUAUGGAACACAUUUUUGAAGUUCCACAGGGCUAACAAAAUAAAAAUUCUGGAAAAUCUGCGGGAUGCAUGGGCUAAUGAUCGGAAAGCUGAAUGGUCAAUAUGGAUGGUUUACUCAAAGGUUGAGAUGCCACACCAAUAUAGUGGAGUCGAUGACUCUUCCUACCACAGUGUUCGUGGGAAGUUAUUGUUACGAAAGUUAACUGAAGAUCCUGCCCAGACUGCAGCUAUGCGUGCUGAGCUUCAUCGUCGAAGUAUUGCACAAAUGCGGAUUAACAACCGGUCAAUUCAAGACAUGCAUAUAUUUGGAGAUCCUUCAACCAUUCCCAUUAUAAUUGUAGAACGUGUUGUGAAUGCACCACUGCGUUCAAAUAGUGUAAAUUCAUUCUUCAGUAGUGUGGACCAGAUUGACACACCUAUCUUACUUGCUGGAGUAGGCUUUAAGAGCAUAAACAAGUUAUCUAGCGCUAGCCCUCAACAAAUUGGUCGCAUUUUGAAGAUUGUGGUCUUUGUCCAUGGUUUCCAGGGACAUCAUCUUGAUUUGCGGCUUGUUCGGAAUCAGUGGCUUUUAAUUGAUCCCAAGGUGGAGUUUCUUAUGUCAGAGGUGAAUGAAGAAAAAACUUCUGGAGAUUUUAGAGAAAUGGGACUAAGGUUGGCUCAAGAAGUGAUUUCUUUCAUUAAGAAGAAAAUGGAUAAAGCCUCAAGAUCUGGACGCUUAAUAAAUAUCAAGCUCAGCUUUGUUGGGCAUUCCAUCGGAAACGUCAUUAUAAGAACUGCCUUAACGGAGAGCAUUAUGGAACCAUACCUAAGAUACCUGUAUACAUAUGUUUCUAUAUCUGGUCCACAUUUAGGUUAUCUGUACUGUUCAAACUCUCUAUUCAAUUCUGGGCUGUGGCUCUUGAAGAAGCUCAAGGGCACACAGUGCAUUCAUCAGCUCACUUUCACAGAUGAUCCGGAUCUCCAAAACACUUUCUUUUUCAAACUUUGCAAGCAAAAGUCACUGGAGAAUUUCAGGAAUAUAAUUCUGUUAUCUUCACCCCAGGAUGGUUAUGUUCCAUAUCAUUCUGCAAGACUUGAAACUUGCGUGGCAUCUUCAGCAGACUACUCAAAAAAGGGCAAAAUCUUUCUUGAGAUGCUGAAUAAUUGCAUGGACCAAAUAAGGGCCCCAUCUUCUGAGCAUAGAGUGUUCAUGCGAUGUGAUGUUAACUUUGAUACCUCAUCCCAAGGCAGGAACUUGAAUACCAUCAUUGGACGGGCUGCUCAUAUAGAAUUCCUGGAGACCGACAUCUUUGCAAGGUUCAUAAUGUGGUCAUUCCCAGAACUGUUUCGUUAAUUGUGGCGGAUAUAUGUGGAAUUAGUGAUGGACCUGCAUUUGUAUUCUGAUUGAAAUCUUGGCACUCACAAACUGUCACUGGCGGCCAUCCCACCUCCUAUUUUUCAAAAUGAGGACAAGGGAUGAUGACCUGGUUCAGGGGCUGCUGCUUGAAGUGACUGGCAAUUUCGUCCUUGACAUGUGGGUGGCCUGAGAUCUAUGAAGAUACGUAGCUUUGUAAAUUAUUGGCACGAAGCUGAUCAAUAGAAGACAGUUAAAGUUUUUAGCAUAAAAUGAAUUUUUAGAUGUAAUUAUAUCUGUAGGUGAAGUAGAUUCAUUGGUUGUGAUUCUCAUUUCCAUAGAUCUUUAGCAACGCAGAGAGAUUACGCGUUUUGUACACUGGAGGGGAUGGGCGGGGGAUGAUGACGACGAUUGGAAGGGCUUGUAAUGAAUAUCAAAGCAUCACACGUGUUGAAGACGGAUCUUUAAUAAACUGUUGUGCAGUAAUAAAAUUUAGGUUCUCCAAGUUUUCACUAC